AUGGAAAAGUUUAUUUUGGUUCCCUACGAAAAAUAUCAGCGUAUGCAGCAGUUCAAGUAUACAGGAUCUGGAGAAACAAAAGAUGAUGAGUCCAUACCUCCUAAAGUGGCCAGAGCCUCAUUAACUCCACCGGGGGAACGCGUGAUCAAGAAAGAGAAAAAAACUAAAAAGACUCAUAAAGCAAAUAUAGAUGGAUCUCGGAAAUCGUGUCAUGUUACACAAAACCACCUCGUGUCGACAGAACGAUCACUGAAUCGUAACAUAGGCAUAAGAAAUGGAGGUGCUUGUGUGGAAAUGGAUGAUGUUGCCAUUGGGAGAAACAGGGAGCUGAUACAGAAACUGAAAUCCAUAGUUGAAGACUAUGAUAAGAAAAAAGACAAGUGCACCAAAUCUUUCAUUGACGAAGGAUUCGAUAGAAACCAAGCUGAAGCAUAUGGAUCUGUACUUAGAUAUUUCACUAAUGUUGGAAACGAGGUGAUGUGCCUUCAUUGCCGUUCUCGUGCAGAUAGAACAGACAAGUUUCAUCAUCGUGGUGACUGCCUAGUGUAUAAAACCUUGAAGGAAAUAGGAUAUGCUUCAUCUGAUGAAGACAGUUUACCUCAGAGAUGUGAUUCAGAUGAGAGUAUGGAGUCUGUAGAAAAUGGCCCGAGCAGCAUAUCUGGGAGAGACUUGGUUUCUGCAAAUGAAUUGGAGACUACUGUACCAGUUAAAUUAGAGCCUGUCACUGGAUUUCAGUCAUUUUCUGGUGAUGAUUCACUGUUCGGAAGUGGUAGUGACUCGAAUCCUGUUUUACCAACUGACGUGUACAGUAAGGCUACAAUUAAACAGCUAAUGGAGAUAUAUGGCUAUGAAUACAGCACUAUACUCACCAUAUACAGAAUUCAAGGACCAAAAUGUUUACAGUCAGUAGAUGCCUUUCUCCAUUGGGAGGAAAUAUCAAAAUCCUUCAUCCAAAGCAGUGCUUCCAGUUACAUGUCUGUACAACAAUGCCCCAGUUCUAGUGUCUCUGCAGCUCCAGUUCCUGAUGUUCAAGUCUCAGAAGUCACCUUUCCACCAAGUAGUUAUGUUACAGCUGGUGGUUACUCUCAAGAAGAGACAAGCUCUUACAGUUUUCUGACAAGCCAGAGCGGGGGCAGAGUGCAUGAACCUCCAAUGGUGACAGGUGCUGAUAAUGUCAAUCGAGAUUAUGAGUACUGCCUUGCCUGUAAGAGGGAACGUGCAUGGGUAAACCAAAAACCUUGUGGGCAUGUCGUCUGCAAAACGUGUGGUGAUCGAUCCAAUGUAUUCUGCAAUGUGUGCGGUGUAUUUGUUACAUACAGGGGUAUUUUUGAUAUAGCGUCUACAAAUUAA